CAGCGAAUCCGUUUGAGUUUUGUAUUUUACAGAUCACAUACUUCAUCAUCCGGUGGCAGUAAUGGAGGUCAUAAUUCAAACAGUACAGGGAACAAUUCGUCCGGCGGUGGAAAUAAGGGUUUUCGACCGGAAGACGCGAUUCAAACGUUUGGCACGAAAUUGUUACCGUAUGAGCAGAGUGAAAUAUUCAACUAUGUCCGUGUAUUCUUUGUCGGUUCACAAGCAAAGAAACGUGGAGGCGUGAUUGGUGGUCCAAACAAUUGCGGGUAUGAUGACGAAAAUGGUAGCUAUCAACUGGUUGCACAUGAUCAUAUCGCCUAUCGAUACGAGAUCCUUAAAGUUAUUGGAAAAGGCUCAUUUGGCCAGGUUUGUCUUGGACGGGCAUGUUGCCGGAAGGCCAUAAAGACGACGCAGGACACGGAUCAUCUGCGUCGGCAAGACACGGACGGCUCGCAUAAUAUAAUCCACAUGUUGGAUUAUUUUAAUUUCCGUAAUCAUAAAUGUAUUACGUUUGAGCUGUUGAAUAUCAAUCUCUAUGAGCUUAUAAAGAAGAAUAAAUUCCAAGGAUUCAGCCUGAUGUUAGUACGAAAAUUUGCCUAUUCAAUGCUACUGUGCUUGGAUUUGUUACAACGGAAUCGACUGAUACAUUGUGAUCUGAAACCCGAAAACGUUUUGCUGAAACAACAAGGGCGAAGUGGAAUUAAGGUUAUCGACUUUGGAUCUUCAUGUUUUGACGACCAACGUAUUUACACAUACAUCCAGUCGAGAUUCUAUAGAGCCCCAGAAGUUAUCCUUGGUUCGAAAUAUGGCAUGCCGAUCGAUAUGUGGUCACUCGGUUGUAUACUAGCCGAGUUAUUAACUGGUUAUCCGCUCCUCCCUGGUGAGGACGAGAACGAUCAGCUCGCAUUAAUAAUUGAGCUACUUGGCAUGCCGUCGAAUAAGGUGCUAGAGAAUGCGAAAAGAGCACGAACUUUCAUAUCAUCAAAGGGCUAUCCCCGUUAUUGCACAGCAUCGGUUAUGCCUGAUGGUUCUGUAGUGUUAAGUGGUGCCCGUAGUAAACGCGGGAAGAUGCGUGGUCCACCAGGAAGCCGAAGCUGGAAUACGGCUUUGAAGAACAUGGGCGACGAAUUGUUCAUCGACUUCAUGAAGCGUUGUCUGGAUUGGGAUCCUGAGACGCGAAUGACACCAGCUCAAGCUCUGAAACAUCAAUGGCUGCGCCGACGGCUGCCCUGUCCUCCGAGACGUGACGAAGCAGCUGCUGAAGCAGAUAGUGAGUUGCUUUAG